GUAUAAACAAUGUGGACCUUCGGAUGGUCCUUAGCUGUGGGCCGAAGAAGAGGGCUUGCUCCGAUGAGUUGGAACAAGGGUUUCCUGCACAACAAGUACACGUGAACUGGCCUAGGGGGGAUUGCCGAGGAAGGCCCCUCCGAUGCUUAAGUCAGUGAGUGCUCAACAAGUAUUGAGAGAAAAUAAUUGUGCAAGAGUUUAUGCUUGAGGCAAUAAUUGUGUAUCUCCCUUUGAGAAUGAGGGCAUUGAAGCCUUUUAUACCUGAUUUUAGGAAAGGUUUGGACCUUAGUGGGCUCAGAGAUGAGCUGGGCCUUUGGACCGAUGGAUUUGGCUGAUUUCAUAAUAGCAUGGAGGUCUUUUAGCUUCCUUGACAAUUUGUGAGGAAAUGAUUUUAUGGGCUUGGCCCAAUUUGGCUAAAUUGGACCCAAACAACUUGCCCCCCAGACCCAGCUGCAGCUGAAGGCUGAGGUGGGUUUGAAAUUCUGGAGGGAAUAAAAUUAUUUCAAAUUCUGAGAAGAAUUCAAAAUUUUAAUGAACCAUCAUUAGCUUGAGGCCAAAACAGUUAUAAUUAAUGUGUUUUUGGGCUAUUUAAUGGGGUAAUUAAAUAGAGAAUGUGGGUAGUUUUUUGAGAAUUGUGUGAGGGAAGUUUAGAGCGAAUUUCAAGGAAAAGUUGGAGAGACUGAAGCACGUGGGCGUACCUGAGUGGGGCCCCAACGGCUACUGAGAACCUUAUAAAAGCGCGUCUCCCCUUUCCUUUUUCUCUUUCCGUUCACUUCUUUCUUCUAUCCUUUUUCUUUCAGAUUUCCUUUAUAAUUGUCACAUAAUUUUUCUGCAAAUUUGUUCUUUUCCUUUAGAAUCCGAGCUUCAAAUAGUGAUCCGAGGAUCGGACUUUGCAUUUCUUCAGAUUCCGAGUUUGCUGGGGUAAUUUUCCUUCAAAAUUCCUUCGUCUUUUCUUGCUUUCUUCGUUUUUCCUCUUUUCCGUCUCCACCAGAAAUCCCAUAAAUAUGGCCAGUAGAAAGGAUAAAGGGAAGGCUAUAAAGCGUCCCGAUUUGGACGAGGAGCCAGAAGAACCUUCCCAGCUGAAGGUUAGGGUCCGGCGAUCCAAACCUUUGCCUGCUAUGCCCUCUUUGAGUGGCUAUAACAGGACGAUUUAUAAAGCCCUCCCCCUUAACUCAUGGCAUCGUCCGGGUGCCGGACGCGUCAGUGCCUUAUGGAGGAGGUACGAUACUUUUGUCUACGCCGAUGGUCAGUGGCUUCAAGAGGAGCAGAACAACGGCAUCGUAAAAAACAAACCCUAUGACUGGUGGGUAGACGAUGAUGUUGACCACUUGUUUGAUAGGCAAGUGGAAGAAUUCUACGGCGUGAUGGAGGGAGAUGAUAUUGGUGCAAGGUUCCCUCCAAAACAGACCGUUUACACUUGCCCCCUGACGGUUAUACUGCGGUCUAUGUCCGCAUGUUUGAACAUGGGCUUCGGCUGCCUCUGCACGAUUUUAUAACAGCGGUGUUGAUCGCCUAUAACAUUUCUUUGGCCUAGCUGACGCCGAUGAGUAUUCGUCGGCUAGUUUCUUUCAUCUGGGUUUGUACAUUUCUGGGUCACAGGCCCACUCUGGAGGCGUUCAACGGCGUCUGUAAACUGGCCAUGAACACCCAAUCUGAACAGAGGGGUUGGUGGUCCAUCCAGGACAGACUGAGGAAACUCUCGGCCUUCCCUUACGUCUCUUCGGAUAAGGGAUGGAGAGGCUCCUGGCUGUGGGUUAGGGUUCCCACCAAGCAGUAGCAUCCCAAUCUCUUUGGGGGCCCGCUGAAGUUCACCAAGCGGGACCCUAGCAUGUCGGCUGUUGGGCUUCUGGAGCCGAAUAAAGCUGACCAGGAAGUUAUUGCCUGGUUCGGCAAGAAGCCUGAUAAAGAUGUCCAAGGGAAUUACAGCCCAACCACAUGGCUACCCUGGACGCCCUUCAUCUUCAAAGGAAGAGUCUUGGAUGUCUGCGGCCUCAGCCGCAAGCUUUCAGGUGUUCCCGAGGUGUAGUUGCUGAAGGAGAGCGAUUACGAGGCUCUGGGGGUCAGAUCCACUCGGAUCAUUGGGAGGAAAGUCCCGCCGAAGCCCUCGGACACGCUCUUCUAUUUCAGCGAUAAGAACGAAGUCCUCACCAAAGUUGAGGAGCUUGAAGGUCGCCGAGCCUGGGACGAGAAGAUUGAUCCUUUUGACAAUCCCAGUGCUUCGGCUGCUGCUGAAGUUACCGUUGCUGUGAGGGGCAACGAGUCGACCGUUGAGAAAGAGGUUGAGCAGCCUCAGAUUUCUGAUGCUGAGCUUGUUGCUGCUGAACCUUUGACUGUGGUUCUGAAUCUACAGCUUGAACUUGCCGAGGGAGAGGAAGAAGAGGAGGAGAAGAUGACUGUCGAGGCAUUUACUGCUGCAGAUGUUGCUGUUGCUGAAGCUGUUGCUGAAAAAGCAGCAACUGAAAUUGUGGGGGCUCCAAUGGCCAUGGUCCCUGCAUCAACGGAGCCUGAAACGAGUCUUUCGUUUAAGGUUCCUAGGACUGUGCCAAGAUAAAGUCCUCACAAGGUUGUAGUGGAUCUGAAUUCCACUUCCUAAUCUGAAGACGAGAUGGAUAGUUCCAAGAAGAGGAAGAGACCUUCCCUGGACUUGCUGGAUGUUGAUCUGGAGGAGGAGAUCAACAAAAGAUUAAAGGCUGAUGGAGAAGCUAAGAAAGAUGGGGCUUCUGCUGAAGCUGAUGCUUCUCCUUCGGUCGAGGUUUUGGCUACAAAUGCCAUUAUCGAGCCUACCUCUGCUAAAGUCAUGUCGAAUGCUGCUCCUGAGGUUCCCAUCCCAUCUGCUGAUCCAAUUCAGCAGGAGCCUGAGGGGGAGAAGGAAAAUGAAUCUUCUCCUCCCCAUUCAGAAGAUAUGCAACCAACUGUUGCUGCUGGCGAGGGUGACUCGUUCCAUGGGAACUUUGAAGAGCUUCAUGGCGCUGAAGCCGAAGCUGAAGAAGAGGUUCAGAAUGAACCACCCCCUAAGUUCUAUGACACAGAUCAGUUCAUAGCUGGUCCAUCCUCGGACGAGGUACAUAUGGGGGAGCUGCAGAUCGAAGAGACUGCAGCGGAUUUGGAGGACCAAACUCAUAAGGAGGUAAAUCUUUCUCCUAUUCAGAAGUCCUUCCAAAGCUUCAGAUCGUCUGAAAUGGGCUUUGUGCCCAAUACUUUGGUUCCUGAAAGGGUUAGGAACCUCUUUGCUGAUGCUUUGGAGGAUGCCGUGAAUCCCUUCAACAGUCUGCUAGAUGUGCCUAUGCCACAUAGGGCCAAGGCUUGGGCUCAGCAGACCGUUGCUUUGGAUGGCAUUCCGUCCGAGGCUGUUGAGAAUCCGCACCUCAGAUCUCAACGUUUGCUGAUGGAGGUUGUUCAGAGCCAGUCUUUGGCUACUGAAAUGCAUGAAGAGCUUCAGGCCAGCUACGCUGUGAAGGAGUCUGAGCUGAAAACUGUAAAGGCCAAAUCUUGGUAGCUUCAGUCUGAACUUGA